AAGGCUAUAGGCAUACCUGUAUACGCCGCCACCGUGAGCAGCAGUAGGCAUCGAUCUCCGUGACAUCACCAAUCGCUCAGCACAGUAUCGCACACUUUGCCAACUUCUGUGAGCAUUCCAUCAAUACCAUUCUGCAGCAUCACACAUACACACGCGCGCCGCUCUCGUUUAGCUACUGCUUGAUUUUCUUAUAAGCGUAAAUUUGUGGGAUUACCCUCACAACCGAGCGUUUUUCAGUAUGGAUAGGUAACUGUUGGGUGCCUGUGUUUUAAGAAUGGAGACGGGAGGUGGAGGCAGAGACCCAAACUCCUCCGAUACUGGGACCCAGAGCCCCAAAGGGGUACCGUCGGAAGAACAUGAAAACAAAACAGUAGGAGUUACGGAAGGGGAUGUGCAGAAAGUGCCGACGGGUGAAAUUCUACAAAAGCCGGAUGAAGUCUGUAAGCCUGUCGUUUUGCCCCAGGAUAAAGUAACCAAUGUGGAUUCUAAAAUAAGGAAUAGUGUGGAAGAUGUUAAAGGAUCGUCUGCCGCCAGUGCGUCUACCAUUUCUAGCGGAAUUGGUAGUGAGUUAGCCAAAAGUUCGGAAAGUAAUGCGGACACUAUGUCGUUAAGUUCUGGGUCGGGGGUAGCGCCUGCCGCUCCUGCUGCCCCUCAACCACAUCAGCAGCCGCAAACCCAACCCCAGACCCAACACCAACCCCAUACCACAAACCACGGGAAGAGAGUACUGACUCUUGCCCAAAAGGGAGAGUGGCUGAUUCUGGACCAGUACCUGAGGUCUUUGGAAAAGUUGUCCCCCGAUGUGAAUGUCACUGAUGAGGAAACUGGAAUUACACCACUGAUGCUGGCGGUCAGAGAGAACAAACUGAGCAUUGUAGAGAAGCUGAUAGACUUAGGGGCCAACAUCAACCAGAGGGCAAAGGAUGGCCGCACUGCCGCUCACUAUGCAGCGUGUUACGCUCGUGAUGACAUCAUCAAGGCCCUGGUCAAUCGCAAGGCGGAUAUUACUAUUCCAGGAGGGCCCAAGAAUCAGCUUCCGCUGCAUAUGGCAUGUGGCCGAAACAGCGGAGCUUUGUCCAUUGUGACCUCACUGCUCAGGGCCACGGGGAAAGAAGGGCGCUUCAUGCAAGACAAGGAUGGCUCCAUCCCUCUGUUUAUAGCAACAGAAGUAGGAAAUGUAUCAAUAUGCCGUGAACUUCUUCUCCAAUCUGCUGAACAACAGCUACGAAUUAAAAGGAAGGAUACAGGUGACACGGUUUUACAUAUCGCAGCUCGACGCAAAGACAUUGACCUGGCACGCCUGCUGAUUGAAUCUGGUGUCAACAUCAAUGCACAAAAUGAGGAUGGACACACAGCUCUGCACGUGGCAGCCUGGGAAGGGGAUGAACCCAUGAUGAAGUUCCUCUUCCAGAUGAAAGCUAACCCACACAUUCUUGACAAGCAUGACCGCAGUCCGGUGCAUAUAGCAGCAGAACGAGGCCACACAAACAUAGUAGAACUUCUGGUGGACAAGUUCAAAGUCUCCGUGUCAGGACGCACCAAAGAUGGUAGCACUCUCAUGCACAUUGCCGCAGAAUACGGGCACCCAGAGACAGCCUUGGCCUUUUUGAAAAAGGGCGUUCCUCUGCACAUGCCCAAUAAGUCUGGUGCAAUCUGCCUGCAUGCAGCGGCUCGUCGAGGUCACACGGCUGUGGUGAAGGCAUUACUGGCUAAAGGUGCUCAUGUAGAUGCCAAAACCAGAGAUGGUUAUACAGCAUUGCACAUUGCAGUGGAGUUUGGUAAACCCCAGGUGGUGCAGACAUUACUUGGAUCUGGGGCAGAGGUGGAACUCAAAGGGGGAACGGCAAAAGAGACCGCAUUGCACAUUGCUGCCCGUGUGAGGGAGGGAGAGAGGUGUGCUGAGAUGUUACUGAAGAGUGGAGCGUCUGUCAAUGCUACACAAGAGAAUGGAGAGACGGCCAUGCACAUAGCUGCCCGGUACGGUCAGUUACAGAUGAUAGAGGCUCUGCUGGACGAGGGAGGAGAUCCGACUCAACAGUCAAAGGCAGGAGAGACCCCUCUUCACGUAGCAGUUCGACACUGUCACUUGGAUGUUGUCACUGAACUACUGCAGUUUGUGACAGUACGGAGAUCCAGGAUUGAUGCCAUUAUUCUGGUCAACCAACAGAACUGGGAAGGAGAAACGGCUGUACAUUGUGCAGCAGAGAUUGCUAAACAGCAGAUGCACAAGACGUUUGAGGAUACGGAUCUGAUCCGUCUGUUGUUACAUCAUGAUGGAGAUACAAAUGUCCAGACCAGAUUGACCAAUGAAACACCUCUUCACUACUGUGCCCGAGCUGGUAAUGAAGACAUCAUGUUGGAGAUUGUUCACUACAUAGGAUCGGCCAGACUUCAAAUGGCCGUCAACAAACAAGCUAAGAACGGAUGGUCGCCUUUGCUAAUGGCCAGUGAACAAGGUCAUUUGGAAAUUGUGAAAAUCUUGUUACAAAACCAUGCCAGGGUGGAUGUUUUUGAUGAGCACGGCAAAGCAGCACUUCACCUUACAGCUGAGAAUGGACACGACAAAGUGGCAGAUAUUCUGCUCUGGCACAAAGCCUUUGUCAAUGCCAAGUCCAAACAGGGCCUGACUUCUCUGCAUCUCUCAGCACAAAAUGGGUACAACAGGCUGGUCAAACUGCUCAUAGAGACGCAUGGAGCCAGCAUUGAUGUCCUCUCUCUGGCUAAGAAGACACCUCUUCAUCUGGCAGCUCAGAAUGGCAGGAUGGAGGUAUGCAGUACACUGCUGAAGAUGAAGGCUGAUGCCAACGCCAUGGACGAGCAUGGUCAGACCCCGCUCCAUCUGGCUGCUGAGAAUGACCAUUCUGAUGUGGUCAAGCUGUUCCUGAAACAUAAACCAGAACUUGUCACCCUGGCUAACACUAAUGGCAUGACUUGCGCCCACAUCGCUGCUGACAAAGGUAGUGUGGCUGUCAUCAAAGAGUUAAUGAGGUUCAACAAAGUUGUGGUGACAACAGCAAGAAAUAGGACAAACAAUUCAACAGCACUUCACUUGGCAGCUGGGGGAGGUCAUGUGGAGGUUGUAAAGGCGCUGCUGGAGGCAGGAGCAUCUGCUACAGAUGAAAACGCUGAGGGUAUGACGGCCAUUCACCUGGCUGCUAGGUAUGGACAUGUGAACAUCCUCGAACCUUUGAAGGGUCAUGUGUCUUGGAAAAUAAGCAGUAAGAAGACUGGCCUUACAGCUCUCCAUGUAGCUGCGCAUUAUGGACAGACGGACUUCAUACGAGAGAUGCUGACCAAGGUGGCGGCUACCGUCAAGAGUGAGCCCCCAAUAGAUGGACUGGGCAUGAAAGAGCUGGGUGCUGAGUGGGGAUUUACCCCUCUCCAUCUAGCCUCACAGUCAGGACACGAGGGGCUGGUUCGUCUUCUCCUUAACUACCCAGGCAUCCAGGCUGACGCAACCACACACAUGCAGGGUGCCAUCCCCCUGCAUCUGGCUGCCCAGAGUGGACACACUGCAGUGGUCAGUCUCCUGCUAAGUAAGUCCACCCAGCAAAUACAGAUGAAGGACAAACGUGGCCGGACAGCCCUUCAUCUGGCCUCGGCCAACGGUCAUCUGGAUAUGGUGGCGCUAUUGCUGGGGCAGGGCGCAGAUAUCAAUGCUUGUGACAAGAAUGGAUGGACAGCUCUUCAUUUUGCAGCUAAGGCUGGCUUUCUGAAUGUUGUCAAACUUCUCACUGAGACUGGAGCCUCUUCCAAAUUUGAAACAAAGGAUGGCAAGGUUCCUAUCUGCUAUUCGGCUGGAGCGACACAUUCAGAGACACUGAGUUAUCUGAUGAGACAGGAUCAUAACACAUAUCAUUUGAUGGAGGACAAAAAGUUUGUCUUUGACCUGAUGGUGGUCGGCAAGAUGAAUAAAAAUCGAAGCAUCCAAGAGUUCAUUCUGCUGUCACCAGCUCCGGUGGACACCGCAGCAAAACUCUCCAAAAAUUUCCGUUUGCUGGCUAUCAAGGAGAAAGAGCGAUCUCGGGAUCUGCUGACGGCUGGCGAUUAUUGUGAAGAAAUGGCCACCAAUUUACUGGCCAUCGCUGCGAGUUCCAACAGUGCUGGUCUGCUUUUGAAAGCCAUGGAUUCCAGAGGGACAGCAUUUCUGGAUGUUCUCAUCGAAAAUGAACAGAAGGAAGUAGUUUCUCACCCAGCCGUGCAGAAAUACCUCUCCGAUGUUUGGAUGGGAAAUCUUCGUUGGGCCAACUGGAAAAUCGUGAUGCUGUUCUGGGCAUUUCUUAGUUUGCCACCUGUUUGGCUGGUCUUUUCGCUUCCCCUUCGACACCGUUUCAACAAAGUGCCCAUUGUCAAGUUUCUGUCCUAUUUAGUGUCUCACCUCUACUUGAUCCUGCUGUUUUUUCUGACUGUGGUCUAUCCCCCUGUGUCAAUCCCUGAUUCCGGCUCGCUCAUCCCACAGCCCUGGGAAUGGCUGCUCCUUGCCUGGCUGUCAGGUCUCCUCGUGUCCGAGCUGACCAAUCCGGGUGACCGCGCCGGACUGGGGUGGAUCAGAGUCAUCAGUCUGGGAAUCUGCUCCUUGGGAGUUUCCUUUCAUAUCGUCGGCUUCGCGUUUCAAGGAAACAGCCGAUUGGUGUGCCUGUAUUUUCGGAAUCAGUUCUUCGCCUGGGCACUGCUACUGAGUUUUGUACAGCUAUUAGACUUUCUGUCUUUCCACCACUUGUUUGGACCCUGGGCCAUCAUUAUUAGAGAUCUCAUGAAAGACUUGACACGAUUUCUUGUCAUUUUAGCUAUCUUUAUGCUGGGAUUUACUUGUCAUCUAGCAGCCAUAUAUCAGCCUGUGUUCCCCGAGACUGUUCCCGCCACAGACAUGGGUGAUGGCGAUGGCAGUGGUGCACCCGUUUCGACAGCAGAUUUCAACACGCUAUUCGAACUUUUGUUCUUUUCUUUAUUUGGGCUGGUUGACCCAGACAAUUUACCGUUGAUACACCGCAGUCCUGACUGGGUGAUAGUGCUUGCCAAAAUUACCUUUGGGACAUAUGAAAUUGUGACUUUGAUCGUACUAAUCAAUCUGCUUAUUGCUAUGAUGUCUGACACGUACCAGCGUAUACAGCAACAGUCUGACACAGAGUGGAAGUUUGGACGGGCUAAGCUGAUCAGAAACAUGAACAAAACCUCGGCAACACCAUCACCAUUGAAUCUUUUCACCAAACUGUUUACAUACUGUCGGGUCAUCUACAAACACAAAGGUAAGAUCUGCAGUGCCCAGGCUCAGGAGUACAUCAAUGAGGAGGAGGACAUGGACGGCAAUGAGGACUCGCGCUCUAUCGACAUGCUGGCCAACACAUCUGCCACCUGGUUACGCAAUGUACGAAGACCGACACAGGUUGCUCCAGACAUUGGGUUCCUGCGUGCGCCUCUGGGGUACCAUCAUGGCCCUCGUAGGCUAGAGGACGUGGUUAACUGGGAAAUGGUGGUACGGAAGUACCUGAUGGCCUUCAGCGUGGACGAGGAAGACAAAAUACGGUGGAACCUGGAAACUCUGCUCGAGGAUCAUCUGAACAGUAACGGUGAGGCGAAUGGGGUCAAGCACAACAGCUUUGUGCCGUGAUUAAGAAGAAUUUGGUGGAGUUUGAAGAUAACCAAUGGAGACCAGAUGUUUUUACUUCAGCCUGGUUCCAAGUUCUUUACAAUUAGGAUGGGAGGAGACAGUAACUAUAAUAAUGCCACCAGGCUGUAAUGCAACCCAAAUAAGUUUAUAAAGUGUAUUGACCAAUAUCGGAAUGUGGAUACUGGAUUUCUGGAUUUCUUGAGAACAUAUUCACAUCCAUGUGGUAAAUGGAUGGGGUAACCUGACUGACUGGUAAAGGAUGUGUUAAUUAUUAAAUCUUUGAAGUGGCUGUGAAAUAUGACUCGCUGGAAGAGUUUUUCAGAACAGAUGGGUCUUAAUUUUAUAUGUAUCUCGUUUUUAAAUGGAGUUAAUAUUUAAACAUGAAGUCAUAUAUGUCCUAGUUUGAAUUUUUGGAUAAGAUUAACUCAGUUAUGGUAGCAUUUUUUCAUAUCUAUGUUCAUGUUGUAAACUCUAUGACCAGAAAUAUUCAGCUUUGGUACAUUAAAGGAAAAGUCACGUUUGGAAAAAGGAUGACUUUAUUGGGCAAUUAUAUCUAACAUCAAUUAUAAAUGUCCAAAAAAGUGACAUUUUUUAAACCGUGAAUUUCAUUAAAUUUGGAUAUUGUAAAAGGAGCAAAAUUAAAGAUAACUACAGUUAUAACCUCAGUGAUAACCAUUCAUAUCUCUAAAGAUUGUAUAUUCUUAAUGAAUCAUUGUCCCUUAAACUAACAAUUUCUGGUCACAAAAGGAAAUUACCAUGACUCUUUUAUCAUAAUAUUUUGGUUCAUUGAUUAUGAUGAAUAGUA